UAUAAUAGGCGAGAUAGUGUUAGAGAAGCAGAGAAAUUUGGUGGUGUGGAACCCGUUGGGUAUUGGGUGCGUAGUGGGGAUAGGUGGGGGGGUGAGGGGGUGGGGGUGGAGAGGGUUGUUGUUGUUAUUGUUAUUGUUAUUGUAUUUGUUGUUGGUAUUGCUUGUGAUUGGUUGUGGGUACGGGUAGGUGUGGUAUGGGUAUGGGAAGUUAUGGGUAUAGGUGUGGGUAUGGUAUGGGUGGUUAUGGGUAUGGGUAUGGGUGGUUAUGGGUAUGGGUAUGGGAGGUUAUGGGUAUGGGUAGGUGUGUUAUGGGUAUAG